AUGACCAGCCCGGGAACAUCCGCUGCAGACGAGCAGCGACGUUUAUCUCAGCAGUGGCCAACCGAUAUAGACGCCGCCACUGCACAGCACCACCACCUGCCACCCGCGCAGAGCAUCAACGUGCCAGCAGCACAAAAUGGAAGCUUUCCGCUAUCUCAAACUGCAGCUCAGACGCCAUUGCUCUCAUUCAUCAAUGCGGCGUCAUCUGCCAGCGACGGAAAUUCCAUGCUCCAAGUCCUGCAACAACUCCAGCAGCAAACGGCACAACAGCAGCAGCAAAUGGCUCAGCAACAGCAAUCUAUAGCCCAGCUGUUGAAACAGCAACCCCAGGUUCAUCCGCAACCCGCAAUAAUCAGCAAUCCAGAGUCGAUAAGUGCCGGCAUAGCGAAACAAAUCAACGAGUUUCGAUUCGAACCCGAACCUGGUAUAACGUUUGAGGCGUGGUACUCGCGUUACGAGGGUUUGCUCACCAAGGAUGCCGCUCAACUCGACGAAGCAGCCAGAGUUAGAUUGUUACUGCGUAAGUUAGGUCCUAUGGAGCACGAAAGAUUAAUCAAUUUCAUUUUGCCUAGCUUGCCACAUGAUUUUUCGUUCGACGCCAUCUUGGAUAAACUGAAGCAGCUUUUCGGCAAAUCGGAAUCACUCCUUAGCAGACGUUUCAAGUGUUUCAACGUUACAAGACCGAAAUCGGAAGACAUGCUAGCUUAUGCAUCUCGAGUAAAUCGUGCCUGCAUUGAUUUCGAGCUUGGGAAAUUGACGGAGGAUCAACUGAAAUGUUUAGUUUUCGUUUGUGGACUUAGAGAAGAAGAAGAUACAGAUAUCCGCACCCGACUCCUGGCUCGCAUCGAAGACAAACGCGACAUGUCUCUAGACCAGUUGGCUGCCGAAUGUAAGCGUUUGGAUACCAUCAAAAAACAAGGUGCCAUGAUCACACGUCCGACUGAACAGGUCCUAGCGGUGAAAAGCGGAGAACAGCAACAGUCUGCAGCGAUGCCACAUCAGCAGCCAUUCCAACAACGCUCCACAUUUAGCGCACGCGGAAGACGCAUACAGCAAAACAAUGAGAACGUGUCGUUCGCCAAACCAAAAAAUCCCUGCUGGCUAUGCGGUGCGCUACAUUGGAUGAGGGAAUGCACGUUUACAAACCAUACAUGCACAGACUGUGGUCGUACCGGACAUCGUGAUGGAUUUUGCAACACGGCUAACCGACGUCGUGUCAAAAGAGAAACUAUCUACAAUCGAGUUGUAACAGUAAAUGUAUGCCGGGUUAAACAGAAACGGAAAUAUGUCAACGCACUUAUAAACGGCGUAACUACGCAACUACAACUAGACACUGGGUCCGACAUUACCAUCAUAAACCAGAAUCUAUGGGAACGUCUGGGGAAACCACGGUUACGAAAACCAACAGUUAGAGCAAGAUCAGCAGCAGGUAGCAAUCUCCAAUUAGAAGGUGAAUUCGAAGCAGAUAUCAGUAUCGGGAGUACAUCUCGUCAGGCAACAGUUCGGGUCAUCAGAGCUGACCUGUUAUUGCUGGGAGCCGAUCUAGUGGACCUCUUUGACCUUGGGUCAGUACCAAUGAACACAUUUUGCAAUCGCGUCUCUGCAGAUUCUGUUUCCAAAAGUCUAGAAGGCAAAUUUCCUGCCGUUUUUACUGGAGUUGGAUUGUGUACUAAGGCCUGCAUUAAACUUCAAUUGAAGCCGGAUGCUCGGCCGGUUUUCCGUCCAAAAAGACCGGUCGCUUACGCGGUGCUAGAAUCUGUCGACAAGGAGCUAGAUCGAUUGGAAAAAUUGAAAAUAAUCUCACCGGUGGAUUACUCGGAGUGGGCCGCCCCCAUCGUUAUCGUUCGAAAGAGCAAUGGUAAUUUACGUAUAUGCGGAGAUUACUCGACAGGGUUAAACGCAGCUCUUCUCCCUUAUGAAUAUCCGCUUCCGUUGCCUGAUGACAUUUUCGCUAAGUUGGCUGGAUGCAAAUUGUUUAGCAAGAUUGACCUAUCCGAUGCGUUUUUGCAGGUGGAGAUUGAUUCUCAAUACCGGUCGUUACUCACCAUUAACACGCACCGAGGAUUGUAUCAUUAUAACCGCCUGCCACCGGGUAUUAAAAUUGCACCUGCUGCCUUCCAACAACUAAUAGAUACAAUGCUGGCCGGUCUUAGUGGUUCAUCUGGCUACAUGGACGACGUAGUUGUAGGAGGAAAAACAGAAGAAGAGCAUGAUGAAAACCUUGAAAGGCUCCUGCGUCGCAUACAGGAGUACGGAUUCACCGUCCGCGCUGAAAAGUGCGCCUUUAGGACAGAUCAAAUUGAAUACUUGGGAUUCAUCAUCGAUCGUCAAGGUCUCCGUCCUAAUCCUACCAAAAUAGAAGUCAUUAAGAAUUUGCCAACACCAACAAACAUCAGCGAGGUCCGCUCGUUUUUAGGAGCUAUUAAUUACUAUGGUAAAUUUCUUCCAAGAAUGCGAGACCUUCGGUACCCAUUAGAUAAACUUCUGACAAAUAGCAACGACUUUGUAUGGUCAGCCGAGUGUGAGACCGCGUUCAAAAAUUUCAAAGCAUUGCUCUGUUCUCCCUUAUUUCUCACACAUUACGACCCGAAUGCAGAAAUUAUCGUAGCUGCGGAUGCAUCAUCUGUCGGCAUAGGCGCCACUUUAAGCCACAGAUUCUCAGACGGUUCGAUAAAAGUGGUACAGCAUGCAUCCAGAGCGUUAACAAAGUCUGAACAAGGUUAUAGUCAAAUUGAUCGCGAAGGACUGGCGAUCGUGUUUGCAGUGAAGAAGUUUCAUAAAAUGAUCUAUGGCCGUCAAUUUCGUCUCCAAACUGAUCAUCGACCUCUACUGAGAAUAUUUGGCUCAAAAAAGGGAAUACCGGUCUAUACUGCAAAUAGGCUACAGCGAUUCGCGCUAACCUUACAAUUGUAUGAUUUUGAUAUUGAAUACGUUUCAACCGAAAAAUUCGGGAAUGCUGACAUACUCUCCCGUCUGAUAAAGGGGCAGGCCAAGCUAGAUGAGGACUACGUGAUUGCCCGUAUUAAUCUGGAGAAUGAUAUAAGAGCAUUGGCCAUAAAUGCACUGUCUGCAUACCCAUUAAGUUUUAGAGAUGUUGAGCAUGAAACAAUGAAUGAUACAACACUAAAAAAGGUACUUAGGUAUCUCAGAGAAGGGUGGCCACAGAACAGCUCCUUCAGUGGUGAACUUGCUAGGUUUCACGCCAGACAGGAAAGUUUGUCGGAGAUCGAGGGCUGCAUCCUGUUUGGAGAGAGAGUGGUGAUUCCGAGAAUUCUACAGCAACGAUGUCUUGCGCAGCUGCACCUCGGGCACCCUGGUAUACAGAGAAUGAAGGCGUUGGCGCGAAGUCACAUCUAUUGGCCACUCAUCGAUGAAGACAUCAAAGAAAUCGUCCUAACCUGUCAGGCAUGUCAAGCAGCAGCGAAAUCACCAGUACAUUCAACACCAGUAUCAUGGCCCGAUGCCUCAGCACCAUGGCAGCGCGUUCACAUAGACUAUGCCGGGCCCAUCAACGGAGAUUAUUUUCUACUGAUUAUUGAUGCAUUUUCUAAGUGGCCGGAGAUUGUAAAAACAUCGAGUACUACGUCAGCGUCUACUAUCGCGGUUCUAAGAUCGAUAUUCGCACGUUUCGGGUUGCCGAUUACUAUAGUCAGUGACAACGGUACGCAGUUCACAAGCGCGGAGUUUGCAGAGUUUUGUUCGCGAAACGGAAUUGAGCACAAGACGAUUCCUCCCUUUCACCCUCAGUCAAACGGUCAGGCUGAGCGGUUUGUCGACACUUUCAAAAGGGCCCUCAAAAAGAUUACGUUUGAUAUUUCAUCACCGCAGCAUGCGUUGGAUAUAUUCCUACAGACAUACCGAUCAACGCCCAAUCCGCAACUACAUCACAGUACACCAGCUUCCGUUAUGUUUGGUAGAAACAUUCGCACAUGUCUCGAAUUAUUACACCCGAUUAAGAAGAAAGAGGCCAAUAUCCAAAACGAGCAAGAGAGGGAGUUUUCGCCAGGACAUUUCGUUUUUGCUAAAAUAUACUCCAGAAACACGUGGAAAUGGACACCGGGGGUUAUAAUAAAACGGCGUGGUAAUGUUUUGUACGACGUUAGCACCACUGAACGCGGAGUUAUUAAAUCACAUAUUAAUCAGCUGCGACGACGGAUGGACGAUAAUCAACAACAUCCCCAGCGGAGAGCCACAACGUUUAACACACUUUUGGAUGCUUGGAGUUUGUUAGAGCCAUUUGAAGCAGAGUCAAGCACUGUAGAGCAGCCUCCGGUACCAUCGCGAAGCUCACUUUCCUCAUCCGUGCCAUCUCAACCCGUGACGUCUUCUACAACGACGACAACUUCACAGCCUGCAUCUUUUACGAUAGCCGAGUCGAAGCCUUGUUUUAACACAGCUGACCCUAAUUCCAACCCCAUUUUAACCAAGGAACCAACGACAUCGGCAUCGCCGCUCCUUCGUCCCAUGCAGACCCAACCGGUACUUCCGCCUCGCCGCUCUUCUCGUGUGAGAAGAGUUCCCCGAAGGCUUCAUCCGUACCAAACAUCUUAAAAGGGGGAGAUGUUGUGGACACGUCUUGUGUCACGCGACAUCGUCAUCUGGGCUGUUCGCGACGUGCGACAUCCUUAGAUGACAAGAGAUGUCAUCCCAGCGAUCCCACGUGCUAGGCUCGUGGGCGCAACCAUUUUUCCCCCAUUUUGCAUCCGAGCAAGGACGUUGGCACGGGACGGCCGUACGAUCACCGGGCAUUCGUGUUAGUACCGUACGAGCAUGCGGAGCUCGCGUCGCGUGAAGGUUCUUGUAUUAAAAUAAAUAAAGAUAGUAUUUUGUAUAUGUUAUAUUUGUGUUACGUAACUACCCGUG